AUGUCUGGUUUCGGUGCUCCAGGUGGUGGCGCGGCCAACUACAAACCCACCCCUCCGGAACGCGGUUCCUUCCCACUUGACCACGACGCGGAAUGCAAGCACGUAAUAUCAUCCUAUCUGCGAUGCUUGAGAAAACAGAACCCUCCUGGGAGGAACAACGAAGAGUGCAGGCUACUGGCAAAGGAAUAUCUUGGUUGUCGUAUGGAAAAGGGUCUCAUGGCGAAAGAUGAGUGGACGAAUUUGGGAUUGGAAUUUGGCAAAACGGCUGCAGGGAACCCGGACACUCCUGGUGCUUCUGGGAGCGAGAGCAAGAAAAGCUGA